UUUUUUUAAACAGGCUUAGCACCGAGUACCCGGAAAUGUAGCCGUAGAGUUGUGUGGAUAAAUCUGUCGGUUUUCAUUUUAUUUUUUAUAUAAUUUUAUUCUGUGUUCCGGCCGAGCAUUAAGUUUGGGGAAUGUUGCUGAUACUCUGUGCCCUGUGUCUUUCCAUUCGUCCGGUUUUCCCAGAGACACACAAACUGCAAUAUUUUUACACCUCGAUGACCGGAAAUGUGGAUUUUCCUGAGUUUGUACACGUUGGACUUUUGGAUGAUGUCCAGAUAACCUACUUUGACAACAGUAUUAUGGAGGACGUUUCAAGACAGCCGUGGAUGGAGAGAGAACUGAAUGGUGACUACUGGACGAAGGAGACCCAGAGGCUAAUCAAUCGGCACAAGCUGUCCAUGGCCAACCUCCAGAUCGCAAUUCAACGAACCAACAGAAGCAUGACAGGGCUGAACUACCUGCAGUACACAUCAAGCUGCCAGCUGAAUGACGACCAAACGGUAAGCGGGGUCCGCCAGUUCGCCUUCAACGGCCAAGACCUAAUCAGCUUUGACCUUGAGCAUGCCACCUGGGUCACCACCUCUCCCAUCGCGAUCACCACGAAGGACAAGUGGAACAGUGACAACAGCAACAAUCUCUACAAAAAGCAUUACACAGAGAACAUCUGUGCCGAGUGGCUCAAGAAAUAUCUUGAGUACGGAGCCCAGACACUGUCUCGCAAAGCUGUCCCAGAUGUGAUGGUCUACUCCAAGAUGACUCCAGAUGGGGAAGGCCUCAUUCUCCAUUGCCUGACCACUGGCUUUUACCCACAGGCCAUCACUGUGACCUGGCUCAGGGAUGGCCAACCUCUUCCCCCACAUGCAAACUCUAGCAUUUUACCCAACCACAACAACACCUACCAGAUAAAGGUGUCCUUGCUGUUAGAGCCUACGGAGAGACGGCAACAUGUCUGUCAUGUGCAGCACAGCAGCAGGCCGGAAGGAGUGGAUUUCACCUGGGAGCCAGACAGUGGAGUAAAUAUAUGGCUGAUUAUCCUCUUCCUGCUGGUAGUUAUCAGUGCUGUGGGAGCUGUUUGCAUCUGGCUGAAGCACAGAAAAGGACUGAUAAAAUGCAUCUGCUCAAGCAGAGAAUCCACGGGGACGAUAUCUAAAUCAGAUACUGGUAGCGAACAAUCAACGCAAAUGAUACCAACACAAGAAGCAGACUGCAGUGGUGAGAAAGGGAAAAUGCUUGUGUAGUGAAGCGUCUGAUCAGAGACUCCACUUAAAUUGCGCUGGUUGACUCUCAGUGUGUAAUCAGGAAGAGGAAUGAAUUACAGAACACAAAGAUUAAUUCUGAAUUAGAUUUACUAUUUGCUCACCUUUUAUGUUCAAAGGUCAGAAGUGUCCAGCUGUGAUCAUAGUCUCAAAACAUGGAAGCCCAUCAAGUGCCCAUUUACACAACAACCUCGAUAUUCUCCCACAUUCCCAUCAACUACCCCUGGAUUCCACCACUCAAUUUAUUUACCCUUCCCACACCCCUGCAACUUCCCCUCAAAUUCUACAAUUUACCUAUGCACUGGAGACAAUUUAUUGUGGCCAAUAAACCUACAAGCCCAGGUAUCUUCAAGAUGUGGAGGAAAACUGGAGCACCCAGUGGAAACCCAGCCAGUCACAGGAAGACUAUGCAACCUGCACACAGACUGUGCCAAGUGACUCCAUCAACCUGAUGUCUCAGGAUAUAGAGAUCUGACCGACCAAAUGACCCUGUGCUAUAAUGGCCCUGGGUUCAUUGCUCUGACACUUUAUCCAGAGUCCACUUCCAGUAAUCCAGGAACAUAGAAAACUUACAGCACAAUACAGGCCCUUCGGCCCACAAUGCUGUGCCAGACACGUCCUUACCUUGGUCAUUCCCGACUCCGUGACUCCUCCACAGUUUUGACUGCCAUUGGAUGAAAGAAAUCAUGUGACUUCACUUGCUUGGGUUUAGCAUAGGAAGUAUGGCAGUAAUGUGGGCAAGUCAGCUUUUUUAGGAUCAUCCGGACCAAGCUCAACUAGAUCAAACUGAUUAGCAUCGUCUCUUAAAAAAGAACAUUGUUAUGUCAGGUUUGAGCUGCAACAGACCUGUAAAUCUAAAUGCUAAUUUUAUGGUGCAUUGUCUUGGUUACCAUUAUGGUCCAUGCCUUUGUAAUAUUGUAUGUGCUGUAAAUAUUUUUACCACAGAUUUGUGACAAAUACCAAUAAAACCUGUGAAUGAAA